CCAAGGGGGGCGGGUCUAGAUUUUUACAGUACAGUUUAACGUUAAAUUUAAGGUUCUAAAACUAACAGAAAGAUGGAAACGGAGGAGUGGAGAGAAGAGGGGAUGGAGAGGCACUUCUGGCCGCCGAUGUUUCUGGACCCGAGUUAUCGGUGGGAGGAGUACAGAGUGGGGAGAGGGGUGACACUCCGGCUCCUGGCGGUACAGGACGGAGGGGAGGACAAAACAGCCUCCUGUCUGACAGGUCAGAUGGUUUGGCCAGCAGCUAGGGUUCUGUCACGGUAUCUUGUGGACCAACCAGAGCUGGUGCAGGAUAGAACAGUACUGGAGCUUGGAGCAGGUACGGGCCUACUCGGUUUAGUUGCUGCCAGUCUCUCACCCUGUCCUAGAAAAGUGGUCCUGACUGACAACAACAUGACUACGUUGGACAUGAUAGAAGCAAACAUCGAAGAAAACUUUCCCGCUCAAGCAGCAACGACUCCCCACUGUGCCCAUCUCCACUGGGGAGAAAACCUUGACAAAUUCCUCCACGACCAUGGGAAAUUUGACGUCAUCUUAGGCGCAGACGUGAUCCUCUGGAUGCAGUACAUUCAGCCCUUGUUCGAAACCGUAAAGAACCUUCUUUCACAGUCAGAAACUGCCACGUUUCUUCUGUGUUAUCAGUGCAGACGUGCAGAGCUUAAGCACAAGGUGCAUGAGGCAGCUAAAGAGGUACAUCUGGUUGGCAAAGAAAUUCAACUACAAGGAAACGCAGCCUUCUCAGAGCUGGAGAAUAAAACAAAGGACACCCUACAUCUGAUAGAAUUUUCUCACCAGUUUGUUAACACGUGUGAAACAAAUGCAGUAUGCAGUACCAUAUAGUGGCUGCAACGUUCUUAAUAAUCUUUGACAAUAUGAGAGUGUCUUUUACAAUUUUAAUAUAGUGAUAAUCUCUACUGAAGGUGCAGGGUACUAAUGAAAUUACAUGUAUCUAUUUUCUUGGAGCACCAGGAAGAACUUUUCCAAAUGAUCUUGUCAAGAUAUCUUGUCCUGUACUUUUUGGCCAAUUUUGUGAUCUGGCCUUUUUUAGAACAAAAGUAGGACUGCUACUAGUACUAGUAAAUGUCAUUCUGAGAGGUUCUGCAGUUCAUAAGAGAUUUUAUCUGCUAUGUAUGUAUGUCCUAAUCUUGAGUGCUGGCAUCCAGUACUACAGAAUAAUUUUUAGAUUUACCAGUCUGUGUUGAAGGUGCAUGGGCUGCAGUGUAUUAUUGUAGUUCUUAUUCUGUGUCCUGAGUGCUGGCAUCCAGUACUACAGGAUAAUUUUGAGAUUUACUAGUCUAGUUGCCCCGACGGCAGUAAAGACUGCUAUGGGACCGGUGAGGUGAGGUGAGGUUGAAGUUGCAUGUGAUGCAGUACAUUACUGUAGUUCAUACUCUAGAUGUGCUAUAUUUUGCCUAUCAGUUAUGCCAAAUGUUUGCUGUUUUGUUGAAACUUAUUAUCCAGCUAUUGUUUUCUAGCAUUGUUGCAUUGACUGUCAGACAGAGCUUCAUCAUUGUAUUUUAGCAAGACAUUUAAGCAAGUUGCAAGGCAUUUCCAAGCUGCUAGGGGGCACAUAUGCACAAGCCCAGAAGCCAUCAGUCAUUAUGGACAGCUUUAUCUUGUAAUUGUGCAUGUGUCAUAUUAUGAUCCCCUUUCUGUGUGCUGUUUUAGAUUGAAAAUUGUUUCAUCUACAGUGCUUUUGAGAUUGUUUUGAUAUGAAAAUGUAUUCUACUACUAGUAACCCAUGUGUGUUGUGUGGUAAAAAUACAUAUUUUUACAUUUUCAUCAGUAUCAUAUCCUUUCUUUGAGGUAUCCAA